UCCGAGAACAUAAUGAGGAAACUCAUAUCUGUCAUCCAUUUCCUUCUAUGUGCUGGAGUCUGUGUGACAUCAGAAGUAAUAACAAGAAGAGGUCAAGAAGGAGGAUCAACUAGUAUUGAGUGUCCUUAUGACCAGGGAUGGGAGACAUAUACAAAGUACUUCUAUAAGGGGAUCUGGGCACACAGAGUUCCUGUCAUCCAAAGUAAUCAGCCGUCAUCAUGGACUUCUAAUGGUAGAUACUCUCUGUAUGACGACAGAGAGAGAAGAGUCUUCACUGUGAUCAUCAGUAACCUGACACUACAGGACACUGAUACAUACUGGUGUUUCAUAGACGGGUGGGGUUUUCAUCCCCUAACUGAAGUAAAGAUCACUGUGGACAGAGCUCCUCCUCCUUCUCUCUCAGCUCCUCCUCCUACUCCUAAAUCUUUCUCCUUCACCUCCAGACCUCUCCCCUCUGUGACACAUCCAUCAGCAAUCAUCACCAUGGUAACUGGUUCUGACCCCACUACAGGAGGGCGCACCAAUGGAAUUAUGGGAGUAAGAGCAGCACCUCGACCCACAGACACGUCUGGAAACCAAGAAAGAGAAGAGACAGAGAGAAGAGAACCACAGAUCAUUGGUACCCAGCUCUUCAACAACCAACCAGGACCCAGACACAGUCACUGUCACCAACCCCACAGAAACCAAUCAGAACCCAGAUUCUGAUUUAAGACCAGUCACCAAUCCAGACACAACAAUUUUAGAGUCCACCUACCAAACACACAACACAACACCUCAAGACUCCCCCAAUGCAAACCCCUCU